GAAUGGGGCUGUAUAGCCUGGUGUUGCCAAUGAUAAGCAUGGCUCACGACAUUGCGCCUGCGCCGUUCCCACACCGGCCACAUUCAACUCUCCUCUCCAAAGCUCUCGAACGAUCGAAUGGACGGACAACGUCACCCACCCUCUCCAGCCUCCAAGGAGGAUUCCCAGCGGCCUAGUAGGCCCCAGCAACAGGCCUACUCUGUUUUUACAAAAAACGAAAAGCGAUGGAUCGUCUUCCUUAUCGCAUAUGCGGGGUCUUUCUCUCCCCUCAGCAGCUUUAUUUACUACCCGGCUUUGCACUCUCUGGCUGAAGCUUUGAGUGUAUCGCUACAACUGGCGAACCUUACCAUAACUUCGUACAUGAUCGUUUCCGGCGUUGUACCUUCACUGCUUGGCGACAUGGCGGAGAGUCUAGGCAGGAGACCUCUCUAUCUGGGUGCCCUUUUCGUUUACACCGCCGCAAAUGUGGGCCUGGCAGCUCAGAGUUCGUACUGGGCUCUUUUGUUUCUCCGCAUGUUACAGAGCGCCGGUUCAAGUGGGACUAUUUCGUUUGGCUAUGCGGUAGUAAGCGACAUCGCCACUCCGGCGGAGCGGGGAGCUUUUGUUGGGGCUGUCCUUCUCGGUCUCGGGCCUGUGUUAGGGGGCAUUCUCGUACAAUAUGCAGGCUGGCGCUGGAUUUUCUGGACGUUGACGAUCAUGUCCUCUCUCUGCCUCUGCAUAUUGAUGGUGACCCUUCCCGAGACCGCUCGGAACAUUGUUGGCGACGGCAGUACGAAGCCUAAUCGCCUUAUGAACCUAUCGUAUAUCGGGUGGUUAAAGUCCAGGAAGCACGGCCACGGGACAACAAUGACCGCAUCAACACGACAUCCUUUUCGGGUCCCCAGCUUGAAGCCGUGUUUCAAAGUCAUCUGUUGCAAACACAAUGCAUUAAUCAUGUUGAUAAACGGCAUCUUCUAUAUGACUUACUGUUGUGUCCAGGCCUCACUUUCAACUCUCUUUAUCUCUCUAUAUGGCUUCAAAGAGGUACAGGCAGGCUUGGUUUAUCUUCCUUUUGGCGUGGGUUGCGUGUUAGCCUCUUACACUUUACGCCGUGUCAUGAAUUGGGAGUACCACUCGGUCGCUCGGAGCGCUAACUUCGCAGUCGAUCGGCUGCGAGGCGACGACUUGCUGUCGUUCCCGAUUGAAAAGGCUCGACUUCGCGCGACUUAUAUAUAUACAACGAUAAUGGCGGUGACAACAAUAGGAUACGGAUGGACACUGGAAGUGCGCUCGCAUUUUGCGAUUCCCCUUGUACUUCAGUUCUUCAUUGGCGCUUCUAUCACCGCGGUUUUCAACGCGUGCGGGACGCUUCUUGUCGACGUCAAUCCAGAUCGCCCCGCGACAGCUAGCGCAGCCGCAAAUCUGUUCAGGUGCUCGCUCGCCGGAGCUGGCCUAGCCGCCGUGGACGCUUUGAUCAAUGCCGUAGGGCUAGGCUGGUCCUUCACAAUCUUCACCGCCAUUUCAUUAUUAACGGUACCAAUGGCAAUUAUCCUGCAACAAUUUGGCAUGCGUUGGAGGCAAAAGAGGGCGGAAAGAGCAACGAGAAUCGAUCAAUCACUCGGAGGCUAAGUGCCAUGCAAUUCGACCCG